GCCUCUCGAUCCUUUCACCACAUCAGCAAAACUUCUUCCAUGUAUGUUUGGCCACGGGUUAUGAGGAAAUCUCAGAUCCUCUCCUUGGGGAUUUCUCCGCACCUUCUCCUUUUUUUCCAUGGCAUCAAAACGUGGAGUGUUCACCCACAGUUUGCGGUCACCAACCCAGAUCUGAUCAAGUUUCCUUUCCAACUCCUUUUUGUCAAUGACAUCCAGAAAACGCACAAAGCCAAAUCUGUGACCGUUCCUGUUCCUCCUUCUCGGGCUGUAUAUGGCAUAAACCCUUCCAAAUUCCUUUUUCAUAUGCUCCACCAGACUGUGACUUCUUGUCCUGCACACGAUCAACCGACGAUCGCCUCUUGCCAGCUGGAUAUAUCCUCCGACGCCUACUCCUUCCUCGAGAUCUCUCUAUCUCAAUACCCUGAAAAGAUCGCCCAUCCCUUGAGCGAUGACCACUUGCUCGUGGGAUUCCCUAGAUUGAAGCACCUUGUACUCAAAGAUAUGGAAAGCUUGAACUUGAUAUGGGACAACCAACUUGAUGCAGAGAGCUUCCACAAGCUAGAUCAGCUUUUGGUGGAAUCUUAUGAAAAACUGUCGAAUACUUUUUCAGUUAUUAUGCUUGGAAGACUUCAAAACCUAGACAAACUGAAGAUAGAAAAUUGCGUUUCAUUAGAAAAAAUAUUUGAACCUCAAAGGUUGAAUGCUAGUGAAACACAAGCUUUGAAAAUUGGUCAACCAAAUUCGUUCGGAGCAACCCCUAAUUUCCUAUUUCCAAAAGUAACACCCUUGCUACUUAAGGGGCUACCCAGUCUCAAGAGCAUCUACCCUGGAAUUUAUUUUACAGAAUGGUUGUCAUUGAAAGAAUUGGUGGUGUUUGGCUGUAAUCAAGUGCAGAUACUUGCUUCAGAACUUCUGAGUUAUUAGAGAACAUGCAGAGAGAACCAACUUGAAAACCAUGAUCAAUGCCCUCUAUUCUUGAUCAGUAAGGUAUGGGCUCUAAAUAAUGGACAAAAAACAAUCUGCAUGUGCUAAUGCAUUACAGCUUUCAUGUAAGCUCUUUCUUGCCUAAACUCAUUUUUCAGUCUACAGAUAAUAGUUUGGUCUUAAAAUUCACCAAUUAAUUAUAUUUAAUAUCUUUAUCUUUUAGUCUUUCAAAUGUUUUUGUGUUUGUGGAAGUUGUUUGUGGAAUAUUGAGUUGGAGUACCUCUUGUGCUCUUAAUAAUAUUUUUUUAAUUUG